UUCUAGAUACAGUCCUGAUUCAGACUUAUGGCUAGGGAUAAGGCUUAUGCAUAUUAUUAUGUCAUUAUAGUUACAAGAAGUGUUUCACUAACACAAAUCCCUCCUAGCAAGCUAUCCCAGGAAAUUUGUUUUAGAUAGGCCUCCCUCUGAGGGGGUGAAUUCCAGAUACGAGGACCUGUUCCAUGAGUAGGACUCAUCUGAUGGAGUACAGGGGCAGCAGAAAUAUCUUCCAGGCAGAGGAAGCAACAGCAAUGAGUGGGAGCGUCGUGGGCAUCAAAGGAAACAACAGGAACCUGACAUGGCUCCCACCUGUAAUCCCGGCUCCCAUGAGGCUGAGGCAGGAGGAUCACUGUGAGUUUGAGGAAGAUGUCUCCUAUGAGGAAAGAGCCUGUGAAGGGGGCAAGUUUGCUACUGUGGAAGUGACAGACAAGCCAGUGGAUGAGGCUCUCCGGGAAGCGAUGCCCAAGAUCAUGAAGUAUGUGGGUGGCACCAAUGACAAAGGAGUCGGCAUGGGUAUGACAGUCCCUGUCUCUUUUGCCGUGUUUCCCAAUGAAGAUGGCUCCCUACAGAAGAAACUGAAAGUCUGGUUCCGGAUUCCGAACCAAUUUCAAGGCAGCCCACCGGCCCCCAGUGAUGAGAGUGUGAAGAUCGAGGAACGGGAGGGCAUCACUGUCUAUUCCACGCAAUUUGGAGGCUAUGCCAAGGAAGCAGACUAUGUUGCUCAUGCCACCCAGCUACGGACCACACUGGAGGGCACACCAGCGACCUACCAGGGUGAUGUCUAUUACUGUGCCGGAUAUGACCCUCCCAUGAAGCCCUAUGGACGCCGUAACGAGGUCUGGCUUGUGAAGGCAUGAGUCACUUGAUGAACUGAGAACGUCCUGGAAGGGUGCCACUGUGUCCCCUGACUUAGGGUCAAGGGGCGGGAGGGUGGGGGGAGGUACUUCUUCAGCUCCAAUGUUCCUUCAAAAUCCCUCACUGCUGAUUUUCUGAAAUAAGCCAAGAUUGGCAGCAUCAUUCUUGAGUUAGAAAGUUCUGGGGCAGACCAGAAAAAAAAUCCCAGUGGCAUUUCCUCUGCCACUAAAAACUGAUUUUUAAUAAUUAUCGAAUUUGUAUUUUUGUUAGUGAGGAAAUAUGUGACUUAUGCAUGAACUUUCUUCUGUGAUUCUUUUAAGAACUUUGUCUAGAAAGAAACCAAAAAUACAAAUCUUUGACGUAUGCAGUGGA